AACGUCUAGAUGGAGCCCUCACACUUCCCGGAGACCACCACCCCUUUCGAGUAUGAUCCUCAGAGCUUUCUGUGUGAGAAGAAGACCUUUGUCUUUGCCACCUUCAGCACCACCAUCCUGUACUGCCUGGUGUUCUUCCUCAGCAUAGUGGGCAACAGCCUGGUGUUGUGGGUCCUGGUGAAAUAUGAGAGCCUGGAGUCCCUCACCAACGUCUUCAUCCUCAACUUGUGUCUCUCAGAUCUGGUGUUCUCCUGCUUGUUGCCCGUGUGGAUCUUGGGGUACCACUGGGGCUGGUUGCUGGGAGACUUCUUUUGCAAGCUCCUCAACAUGAUCUUCUCCAUCAGCCUCUACAGCAGUAUCUCCUUCCUGACCAUCAUGACCAUCCAUCGCUACCUGUCCGUGGUGAGUCCCAUCUCAUCCCUGCGUGUCCACACCCUCCAGUGCCGCGUGCUGGUGACCAUAGCUGUGUGGGCAGCCAGCAUCCUGUCCUCCAUCCCCGAUGCCAUCUUCCACAAGGUGUUCCCUUUGGGCUGUGAUUAUUCAGAACUCAAGUGGUUCCUAGCCUCAGUCUACCAGCACAACAUCAUCUUCCUUCUCUCCUUGGGGAUAAUCGUGUUCUGCUACGUGGAGAUUCUCAGGACCCUGUUCCGCUCGCGGUCCAAACGGCGCCACCGGACAGUUAGGCUCAUCUUCACCAUUGUGACGGCAUACUUCCUCAGCUGGGCUCCCUACAACCUGAUCCUGUUUCUGCAGACACUGUUGAAACUUGGGGUCAUUCAGAGCUGCGAGGUCAGCCAGCAGCUGGAUUAUGCCCUGCUCAUCUGCCGCAACGUUGCCUUUUCCCACUGCUGCUUCAACCCGGUGCUCUACGUCUUUGUCGGGGUCAAGUUCCGCAGACACCUCAAAAGUCUGCUCCGGCACUUCUGGCUCUGCCGGCAACAGACACCUGGCCUUCCCCCGCCACCUCACCCCCCAGGUGCCUUCACCUAUGAGGGCACCUCCUUCUAUUGA